AUGGCGGCUACCGAACAUUCUGGCAUCAGCCUUAUGAGCCAAUACAAUAUCGUUCUACCGAAAAGGCAAGCAUAUGACUCUUCCGGCAAACCUAUACCUGCAUGCGACGAAGAUCAAUGUGGUUGGGCAAUGAAGGGGGAGGAUAUCCCCGUCGAUCUAAGUUCGUUUUGGCAUCGGAGAGCAGUCAUUCGUGGGAUUCGUGAUUCACUUCAAUUCGCAACAAGCCCGGCAAUUAUUGAGCUGUGCUCCGGCGACUAUGCCCAUCAAUUUUCCCGCGCCUGCAAUGCUCGCCUGAUAAUGAGUGAUAUAAUCCCCGAUAUGCAAGAUCCUGCCACUCAGCCGUACUGUAUAUGGUAUCCCGACCUUGCAUCAGAAGAGACAUAUCGCGAAGUUGCCCGGCAGUAUCCGUCUAUGCGGUAUCAAGUCGGCCGAGCGUGUGCUACAGCAUGCUAUACAGAUCUUUACAAAGAAUUGGACCUUUUGCCUGACGUUUCUAUUGCGGAAGAAUCCCGUGAAGUUGACAAAGACAAAGACGCCGAAAUCUACAAGAUUAUCAUGUCUGCCCCCCAACGAUAUGUUGUUAUGGAAGAUUUCUCUCGAGCUGUUCUUGAAACCCCACGAACACCUGCGUUUCUGAUUGGCGAUAUGAAGCCCCGAUGGGCUCUGGGGCAGCGAGUUUACCCUGGUAAAAAUUUACCAGAGACAACUGCUGAUGAUAUUGAUAUCGAGGAAGAUGGAUUUAUCGGCUUACAAGGUAUCAGCUUGGAGAGUAUCAGCGGAUUGGAGGACUACGCUAAACUAGGCCCAGGCCAGUCCGAUCAACUGUGGAUACCUCUUCCGCCUGAUCUCCCAUUUCUCGAAAAGCGUCUUCAGACACAGAUAGCUACGUGGGAGAGCAAUGUCGAUCGAUACAGUCGACUAAUGCACCCACGUAGGCUAAGAACCAAACUUAAAUACAAUUGUAUUCUUCGUAGUAUUUAUCAUAGUACAAGCUUCGCCAGAUGGUGGGCAUAUCAGCUGGAAACAAACUCUGGACGGGCUACCCUUCCAGAUAAAUUGCUUAGCCAAGGCAAUAAACGGGAGUGCAGAGAGAUUCGCAGCUUACAGACUGAUCUGGAGCCUAGAGAUUCUUACACUGAUCACACUGUCAGCUACUAUGACAUGGAGAUCGGGUAUGGACAAUAUCAAUGUGGAAAUCCACACGAAGAUACUCUAGGUACAUAUGGGGGCGGGCUAGCUAGUGCGGGAACGGUGGAGCGAUACAUGUGGCUCUCAACUGAGACUGCACAGAAGUUAAAAGAUGAACUUGACUUCUCUUACCCAGGUGCGGAUACUGGUCUUUUGUAUGAGGAUGAGGAACUUUGGGAUAAGCUUUCACGCCGUAUAGAGCCCAUGGAGUGGUAG